AUUUUAUUUUAUUUUAUUUUAUUUUAUUUUAUUUUUUUAUUGUUUUAUUUCUAUUUCUAUUUAUAUUUAUAUCACUUUUUUUUUCUUAUAAAAAAAAAAUACAUGUAUAUGUGUAUAUAUUAAUACGGAAACACACAUAUAUAUUCAUACACUUGUAUCUAUCUAUUUAUCUAUAUAUCUAUACACACACACACACACACACACACACACACAUACACACAUACAGUAUGGGAGAAAUGUAUACUGAAAAUAAUCAACUCUAUUUAAGAAUACAACAAGAUCCUUUAUGGAGUCAUAGUAAUAGUGAUGGUGAAUCGCCUCUUACCUCUCCUUCUUCUACUGACCUUAUCAUAUUGGCAAGUACAAAAACAACACCUACUUUACAUUUUUAUGAAAAUGAUCAAACAACCACCAAAAUAAAAGUAGAUGAAAAACGUUUAUCGCGUUUAGAAGAAGUAGAUUUAUAUUCUACUAUGUAUCAUCAACAUUUAGUUGUACCAAAUGAAUCCAUUGUUUGUAUUAAACCUGAAAACAUCAUGCUUCAAGAUUACCCUUCAACAACAACAACAAAGAAUAAGAAAACGAUCAUCAUAGAAUCUGAUACUAAUCAAGACAAAAGAAUGUAUAGUAAAAAACGAAAGCAAUGUGAGUUAGAUAUGAAUUAUUCACUAUUAGAAGAAGGAUUAGAAGAAGAAGAAGAAGAAGAAGAAGGAAAGGAUAGAAUCAAAAUGUAUAAAAGCAACUGUUAUCAUCAAGAAAUAAUAGAAGAGGAAGGUUUUAAUAAGAAGAGGAAAAGUAAUAAUAAGAAAAGAACCAUCACGUCUUAUGAUAGUCAAACUUCAUUUUAUCUUAAAUCAGUCUUCUUUGAAGUUUAUAGUUGUCAAUCAAAAUUGACUAAACAACAACGGUUAGAAGUUCAAAGGAAAACAGGCUUACCACCACGUAAUAUUACUUAUUGGUUUUCUAAUCACAAAAGAAGAUUUCAAAAUACACUUAAAAUCUAUCGGAAAAUCGUGAAUGAAGCAAAUGGAAAAAUUAAAAAUUAUCAUGAUUUUAUUAAUUGGAGAAAAGAACAUGGUUUACCAGAACAAAUAUCUCAAGAAGAAGUGAAACAAUUAGAAGACAAUGAUGCAGAACAAAAAUAAUUAUUAAACUACUCUGUUUAUUUGAAUUAGCUUCUAAUAAUAAAAUAUGCUUAGAUCAGGAAGAAUCAUAAACUUGAUAAAUUUCUUUUUUAUUCUAGAAAUGUAUCUUUACUAAAUUGAUAUAACGAUUCACUAUGUACACAUAUUUAUAGUCUACAGCACUACUUGUAACAUCUUUAAAUUUAUAUGAUUCUAGAAGCAAAGACUUUAUAAUAAAUGAGUCAUUUUAAACAAA